AUGCACGUUUACACAGGCGAGCCAGGAUGUCCAGGAGCUCAGCAACGUCUGAGGGGCGUAUUGGUAGUCGGCGUGGUCGAAGCCGCGACCGUUACCGCAGAUGGUGACGAGGAGGGUACUGCUGUGAUGUGUCAAAAAGCCGAGGGCGCCGGGGAUGCAGAGCAAGGAAUAUUUAAGCACGUCAUCAGUUUCACCACCAGACAAGUUAUGGCAAUGCGGUUGAAUGCGUUUGUAUACUGCGGUGUGCGGCAGCCCGGCGAGCCAAGCGAGGACGUCCCUGACGGUGCAGGGGUACCGGGGUUCUGUGGGGAUGUGCAGGUGACAGACACGCAAGUAAUAUUUGAGCAUGUCGUGGAGUGCGUCCAGGGGAUCCAAAGCGUCAUGGAUGAGGCUGCAGAUUUCAGCACCGUUGCAGGCAUUCUCGUUACGCAGCUCGGCGUGGAUGAGGCCAUCGGAAGCAACGACAAAGCCACAGCGCCCGAGGAAUUGCCCCAGGGGAUUGUACGCAUUUAUGUUGUGAUGUGCCCACUCAUCUGUGCAGCCCAUUCUGAGCUUAUUGACGGCGCGGAACAGCGUGUCAGUGACAGUCAGAAGGAUCAUCACGCACUUGGCGGCCUCGGGGGUGUGCGUCUUUUUCGCCGCGUGGAACAGCACGCAGUCGUCGAAGGCGCCGUCGUAGCGGCUGAUGUAUGCCCUGCCCAGCUCGUCUACCAGGGCCGGGAAACCUGCUCGCAAAACGUUUAG